AUGGUUAAGAUAGUUGGCGGAUUGAAAGUUUCAGAAUUGCUUGUGAAUAUUAUUAAAAACAUUGCUUCAGAUAGUAUAUUAUGCAGAGCUUGUCGACUCAUUGCAAAUCUUUCAACGCAAAAAGAAAAUGCAGAAUACUUUCAUUCAGCUGGUGUGGUUUGGGCUCUUGUUGGCAUCCUUCAAAACUACGUUGAAAUUAUAGAACAGCCUAAAGAAAGCACAGCGACUAUUGCAAUGGCCAUCCGAGCCUUAGGGAUAUUAUGGACUCAUGAGAAUUGUAGAGAUGAUAUAAUUUCAGUUGGUACAAUUAAAUUUAUUGUCUCAAUACUAGCAUAUCAUGAAAUCCAAAAGAAUUCUGCAAUAUUGGGAUUUACACAUGUUAUACUUAAAACUUUGGUGACAAUGACAACUUUGAGCAGGAGAGACAACAAUUCUACUGUGAGUGAUUACCUUGCAAGUCAGAUAUGUUCAGAAAAAGGAAUAAUAGAUGUAAUAACGGGCAUAAUUAACAAAAACUAUGAAAAUUCUGAUCACAAGGAAAGCAAACAAAUUAAACUCAAUAGCAAAUUAGCACUAACAUUGCUGUAUAAUUUGUGUCACCUAGAUCAGUGUCGUGAUAUGUUAGGCAAAAGUACUGCAUUAACAACAUUAAUAAAUAAGGUGGACUCUGAAGAAGGUUUCAAUGGCCUUAUAUUACUUUGUCGUGAUAUAAAAGUGCAUGCUAAAGCAAGAACAUCUGGAGCUUUGAGAGUAUUAUUAAAGUCUGUUGAUAAAUCAGGAAUUAUAUCUACAUCUAAGAGAAAAAUAUCACUGGUUUUGGAUGUACUGAGUCAAUAUAUUUUAGAUAAAAACAUUAUUUUUGAUUUAGUUGAAGAUGGAUUGAUUACUGUUCUUAUUACAGUUAUGAACUGUUAUUUAAAAAACGUGAAUUGUUUGGAUAAAUCAAUCAAAAACUGUAAACAUACAUGUAGUAGUCACCCAAAAUGUAAUGCUGAUUCAAAAUCGGGUGCAUGUUCUGAAAAAUCCAAAGUUAAACGAAAUCAUCAAACAAAAUGUGAUACUGCUGUUAAGAGACUAUUGAUGGAUGGAGAUAAUGCUCAGUUUACUUAUUAUUUAUCGUCAAUUCCUUCAUCACCAUGCAAUAGUAGUAAAGCUCUGUGGAGUCCACAAAGUGAUAGCACAGGUUAUGCAAGCAUGGAUGCAACACCUCCAAGAAGAGAUUCAUUGACAGAUGAUGAUUUUGAGAGCUAUUCUCCUGUGUGCAGCGAUAAUGAGGGGGAGGCCGACUUUACAAAGGAUGAGGGGUUAGAUGUAGAUGAUUAUUGUCCUUCAGAUGUAAAUAAAGUUACUGUUAUUGAUGAAAUGUAUGAUCAAGAUGAGUGUAAUACUACAAUCAAUCAAGAUGAUGAAACAUUAAAUGAUUUUGAAACCAAAGAGGAUUGUAAUCGUGACAUUCUUACAUGUGUAAGGCUGCUACAGCAAAUAACUUUCUACGGUUGCAUAAUACCGCAAUUAGCACAAGCAGAAACCAUAAUAUCUCUACUAAAAUUUUUAAUUGAAUCAACACAAGGCAUAAAAUAUGUUAUAUAUGCAGUGAAUGAAAUAUUAGGACGAGUAGAGUAUCUUAAAACUCUUUUGAAGACUGAUUUAGUAUUAGAGAUGUACAAUAUUAUUAAUGCUAAUGUACCUGAGUGUAGUCAAUGCAUUAAAAUAAAGGAUAGGAUAAUUAAAUUACGCAACAAAUUACAAAUUACUGCUGAAUCUGCAUGUGGUGUUGGGGAAAUAGAGAAUAUCCUUUGUCUAGGAACUAUGGAUUUGCGAAGAAAAUACAUACUGAAUAUUUCUCUAUUAAUUGACUCUGCUAUUAUUCUGAGAAAAAUUUUAUUUAAGUUUGAAAAUGAUGAUAUUAACCCUCCACUGCCAGCAACCAUGAAGUCGGCCGCGGAAGCUCUUAUGUUAACUGACAAAUAUUUACUUGAAGAUUUGAAUUCAUUUGUGUGUAAAGUUAUUGUGCAAUUUCUUUUAAAAUCCAAUAGUGUGCAUGAAUUAUAUGAACAGAAGGCAAAUCGACAAAUAUGUGAUUUGGUGAAUUCAGAUAAGGAUGACCAAUUAGUUAAUAUAUUGGUGUCUGAUAUUGAAGAGCUAUUUAGGCAAGAACUACAUGCCUAUGAAAACAUAAUUAUAAUUCUGUCGUCGAUCGUCCUGGUAUCAGGUACUUCGCCCCAUGGAAGUGCAACAAUCGUUCGAUACGAAAACGAAGCUUUUAAACGUAAAGGAGAUGGAUACAAUUUUAUGUACGAGACAAGUGACAAACAAACAAGAGGUGAAGGUGCCAAAUUCUUGGGAGCAGAAGAAAUCCUUACUGUAAAGGGAACCUACACUUAUACCGAUAACAGAGGAAAAUUACACGAUGUCAGUUACAUUGCAGAUGAUAAUGGAUUUAGGUGGCUCAAGCAUGAUGAACAGUACCAGACGAAGAAAGGUCGAUCGCUUCUUAGAUCUGAAUCAGAAAAUAAUGACAGCAAUUCAACGGAUAACGAUCUACCAAAGGGUCUAGAUGGCAGUCUCCUAGAUCAUGAAGGCGGUGGAAUAAAUCCUGCUAUUCCGAAAAGUGAGAAAAAAAGUUUGAUUAGUCAAAUUCAUGAAUAUUCAGAAGGUUUGAAGAGUAACAGAGAAGAUGUUCCUAAUAGAUUUGAGUCGAGAACAAAUCUACCACAAAAUUUUGACGCUAAUUUAAAUCGUCUUUUAGGCAGCACAGAAGGACAAGAAGGACUUGCAGGCAAGCUAGGAGAACAUAUUGAUUUUACAGACAAUUUAGGAAUUCCUGUUUCUACCGGCGCAGGACCUUCCGUUACCAUUGUAGAAGGAAUAACUGCUGAUCGGUUUGCAAAUAGUUUUCGUGGCAAUUUAUUAGAUAACAAUAACAAAUUUCCACCAAAUUUGUCUUCUCCCGAACACAAUGAUUCAAAAUAUCGGGGAUAUAGCAAGUCCCAGCUGGCCGAUUUGGAAUUAAUAGAAAAACUGAAAAAACGAAAACGCGGUCCAGGUUUUAAAGGUUAUAUCAUAAAAAAUACGGCUACCACUUAUUCUAUUAGAUAUUACUGGAAAGAAGGUAGCUUAAAAAAAUUAUAUACCGAUUGCCAAAAAGAAGACUUGCCAUUGCAGGUAAAGUUGUUUUGCGAUUCGCAAAGUCAGUAG